AUGAACAUGGCCAGCAUGAAUCCUUCAGCGGUGGCUGGAGGGCCGGUCGGGGGUGGGAUGAGCAUGAUGAACAACGGCAGUCCAGCCACACAGGCCAAUAAUAACAACGGCAACACCUCACCGGAACAAGUCAAGGCUCAGUUAAACACCUAUAUCUACGAGUACUUCAUAAAGCUCGGCCAUUACGAUAUUGCCAGAAGUCUGCUGCGUGAAGACAAGUUCGAAAUCCGCACAAGGCCACCCGUCAAGCAGAGCCCCGGCCGCCGCAAGGAUGUAGAGGUGAAUGGGGUUGAUGGAGAUUCCAUGGACACAGAUGUCAAAGAGGACAUCCCUGAUGAUCUCCCUCGUCCAAUGCAUGUCGGAGAGGCGAACACCCCAGGCAUCGGCUUUCUCUACGAAUGGUUCAGCAUCUUUUCCGAUCUGUUCACUGCCCAUCAACGCUCGAGCAAGAUGCAGAGUGGCCAGGCUCAGACAAUGAAUGCUGCCGCACAGUACUUGAUUCAGCACCAGAACAUGCAACGGAUGCGAGAGAAUGCCCAAAGCCAGAACCUUGCGCGCCCUAACAUGGUGAACUCCAACCAGUACAUGCGUGCAAACAUGCGCAAUAACAUGAUGAAUGGAAAUGUCCCACGCGACAUGGCAAAACAGAUGACUCCGCAACAGAUGCAUCAAAUGCAGCAAAUGAACAAAGCUGCAAUUCUGCAGCAGCAACAACAAAUGCAGAGAGAACAAGGCGAUGUAGAGAUGAACGGUCGCGCCUCUUCACCAGGUGAAGGGGAGAACGGUGGGUCUCCGUCCAAGAGACCACGCCUCGAGGGUCAACAGUUCAACGGUGGCAUGAUGCCUAAUGUGCGGCCAGGAAUGCCUAAUGUGCCCCCCCAGAACAUGAUGAUCCAGAAUGCAUUCAAUCCGAACAUGAACAACGGCCAGUUUCGACAAAAUGGCGGUAUGCCUCAGAAGCCUAUGCAGGGUGGGAUCACCAACGGCAUGAUGAAUAUGAGCAAUGCCGGAUCUCCAUUGAUGCAGGGCAUCAAUCCUCAAUUCGGCGACAACAUGCAGAUGGACAUGUACAACCAAAGGAUCCCCGGGCAGCAGAUGCAAGGUACUCCCGGAGGCGGUCAGAGCGGAAAUCAUGCUUUACAAGACUAUCAAAUGCAGCUGAUGUUGCUUGAGCAACAGAACAAGAAGAGACUCAUGAUGGCGCGACAAGAACAGGACAAUGCUGUCGGCAGAGACGGCGGGCCCAUGAUUGGUAUGCAGCCUGGUGGUAUGUCGCCUUCGAAUAGUCGGACCGGAACUUCACCCAAUCCCGCCGACCAGAUGAAACGGACACCUCAGAUGGGAGGACUGCCUGGUUCGCCGUCAGCUGCAGAAGCAAUGGCAGGAAGAUCACCAGCUCCUAUGAACUUCAUGAACGGCAUGCCGACAUCGGACUUCAACCCAGGCAUGUUUAUGAAGGAUAACCCAGGUAUGGUGGGACCUGGCGGGCCCAAUAUGCGGCCACCCAUCUCCAUGGAGAUCCAACAAUCCAUGGCACGUCAGCAACACCAGACCCGCAUGGCACAGUUUCAAGGAGGUCAGCCUAUGGUCCAGCAACCCUCUCAGGGUCAGCCUCAACCGAUGGGCACCCCGGGCCAAAGAAAUGAGAUGCCACCCCCUCAGGCCCCGGCAGGAAACAUCGCGCAGCGUAAUCAGCCAGCGUCACCGCAGAGUGGCAAUGCUCCUCCAACGCCCUCGACAACCAACAAACCCAAUCCAAAGGCAAAGAAGGCCAAGGACGAGACCACCACCACCAAGAAACGGCCGGGAAAGAAGAACUCGACUGCCAAUGCUCCCAGCUCCGAGAAUGAGCCUCCCGCAACUCCGAACCCUUCGACGCCUAUUACACCGGUCCACCCACAAGGCUUCAAUUCUGCCGGCAAAGCUGCGGGCCCUGUCAUACAAAACACUAACCAAGCUCCUCCGCCGAGCCAAAGCCUACCUCCCGCUCAACCCCAAAUGCACCAACCAGACCUCUCCCAGCCCACCGCAUUCUCCGAGUUCAACGGUCCGGACCAGAAUUUCAAUCUGGAUUUCAGCACUUUGGAGAACAGCGACGUGCUCGAGAAUUUUGACUUUGAUAGCUUUCUUAACACGACAGGCGACGACACAUUCAACUUUGAUGGCGGCAUUGGAGUGGGUGGCGACUUCAGCCUAGACGCAACUGGCGAAUAA